AUGUUGGUCAGUCGUGUCAGCAAACUUGCGGGAAACAGAAGUCAUGUCUUCAUCCCUGAAGACAGACCGUGUCAGCAUAAGAUAUUCAUUACUUGCGAUUGUCAACGCAUUAAGCAAGAAGCAAGAUGUGGAGCGAGCAAGAGCGGGGACGGAAAUGCCUUGAAGAGUCUGAAGUGCGAUGAUGAAUGUUCACGACUUGAAAGAAACCGCAAACUUGCCCUAGCGCUCAAUAUCGACCCUGAAAAACGACAAGAUGACCACGUUCCGUACCAGACGGAAACCUUGAAUAUGUACUUAGAGAACCCAACAUGGGCUCAUCUGCAGGAAAAGGAGUUUCGGGCCUUUGCUGCUGAUCCAGAUGCUAAGCGCAUGCGCUUUAAGCCAAUGAAGCGCCAUGAGCGAGCGUUCAUGCAUGCUCUUGCUGCAGAUUUUGGCUUUGACUGCGAGAGCAUGGAUCCUGAGCCGCAUCGACAUGUUGCUCUCUUCAAGACUCCACGCUUUGUAAUGGCACCUAUGAAGACACUUGCCGAGUGCGCGAGAAUUCGUCAGAACCAACGAGCUAUGACACAGCAAGCAACAAAUGAGACAGCGAAAACCAAAGCCAAAGCGAGCAAUGUUGUAGGCGAUCCACAAAAUGCCUUCCUUGUUAGCAAUGUUCGAUUUGGCCUCACAACGGAGGAGCUCAAGUCUGCAAUCAUGCCGGUCUUGACUGCGCCUGGAACAAAUAUUGGACUAGACAUCUCGUUCCUCCCUAGCGAAGAGGUAGUUCUCAUCCCAACUCAUCACAACUUCUCCACUGAACGAGCUCUGGAGGCACAUCUUAUCACACUGAAACCCCGACUGGCGAGGUCAGUGGCUGGGCCGCCUUUUCUUGGUUGUGUGCAGCUCUGUCGUGUGGACGACAGCUUGAACAUUUUACAUCGUGAAUCAGAACCCGCUAGCUCAGGCUGGAACCAGGUUGCGAAAGCCGCAUCUGCAUCCCGACGUGCGCCUCCGCAGGUAAAUGUGCUGAAGCCAUCCAGAAAUGGAUUUGCUGUAUUUGACGCUGCCGUUAAAAAGAAGAAAAAUGCUGUCACAAAGGCGAAAAUCGAACAAAGCAUUGAGGAUGAUUGGGAGACAGCGCAGCUGCGGGAUGAGGAAUUGCAGAGACUUGCUAGUGCUCAAAAUAGCGAGAUAAACAGCGCCGAGAAUAGCGGAGAUGAAUCUAGCCAAGUGGAAAGAGCAAGCCUAACGGUCUAG